AUGAGCCCGUUGUUCAGGGCCUCCUGGACCCAGAGGGUGUUAUCCAUGGAGUCAGAUAAUGUGCGCCGCCAUAAAUGUGUGGAAGAUAGGCUCAGCGCGCUGACCGGCGACAUCUUAAUCUCUAUCUUGGUAAGAGUCGACAUUGCGACGGCAGCAAAAAGUAGCGUUUUAUCAACGCGGUGGAGAAACUUGCCGUGGUUACUUCCUGCUCUCAAAUUCCAUGCCAUGGACUUCCUUAGUGCCCCAUGUGCAGGGGCCACACGACACAUCGAUCAAGCAAUGGCGUCUCUAACAAGAGCUACGAGCAACCUCUUGGCUCAGUCCCGCAGGGAACACACCGUCAGAAAGCUAUGCCUUGGGUUCUAUCUCAUGGAAAACUACACGCGUGACAUCGGCCUGCUAGUCAGCAACGCCAUUGACAACGAGAUGGUACAAGAUUUGCAGCUCGCCAUUUUAACCGAUAAAGAGCCCAAGGACACCGAACAUGAGGUUAUGGUGCAGCAAGCUCAGGAUAUGGAUGGAUUUUUCAGUAUUUUCAGUGCAUACCCUAGCGUUCUUCGUUGCCUCACAAGGCUCCAUCUACAAAAUGUUCGCUUGGCCGAACGGGACAUGAAUCACCUUCUGUUCGACUGCUGCAAGCAACUGCUGCACCUUCGUCUGGACCACUGUGACACCGGGGACUGUUCUGUAUGGAAGAUCAAUGCGCCACAUUCGAAUCUCAGAGUUCUAGAAGUCUACGUAUCCAAGUUGAAAAGAGCUAAGGUGCUCUUCCUUCCAAAACUAGAGCGGGUCCGUUGGCAGGCUUGGUUGUUUUAUGAGGCCCCCUUGUGUUUUGGUUCUGUCCCGUCACUCAAGGAAUUAUCCCUCGUCUGUGAUGCAACUCUCAUUCACCAAGACUUUAGUUUAAGCCAGGUUCUAGACGGUGCCACAAACAUACAUACUUUAACCUUAAAUUUUCGAGGAGAAAAGGUAAGUUUAGCCGAUAGCUGUUAUAUUGUGGUUUUGUGCUAUUUCGUUCGUACGAACUUAAUGUUGGACUAG